AUGUUUGGAUUAGAAGAGGAUGACGCCUCUAGGCGUGAGAAAUGUUACACCACUAUAUCCCAACUGCCUCAGUUCAUCGACCCCAAGCAACCGCCUAUCAAGAAACCCCCAUUCUCUGCAAUCCUAAGCAACCAUUUCGUGCACACGGUACCUCCUCUAUAUCCUUCCCCUAGAGUCAUUAGAGGCCCGCUGACUAAGUGCCAGGUCGAAGUCACCAUGCCAAAGGAGGUCUACUUGUCCAUUGAGAGCUCAUUAGACUCCAACCUGCAGAAGCUGAGAUAUGCUCGCCUUUCUAUGACGCUUUCUUCUCUGAUCGAGGGAGACUUCUUCAACACCAACAUUAAGUCAGGGAAUAUCCUUAUGAUAUCGGAAGGCCGGUCGGGGCUGGACAACGUCUUCACCCUCAGAGAAGGAGUUCUGAAACUGGAACUGGGCAAAGAAGACUAUGAGAAAACUGGGUUGACAGGCAAGCCCGUCCGCACUGGCGGCAAGAAACAUGGAAAAGAGAGGUUUGUUAUCGAGCUCAAUCUACGGCUGCCAUCAAUGCUGCACGGCAAGAAGGGCUUCCAAAGAGUAGAAUGGGCUUUCAAGAACGUCCUCAACCAACCUACGACGUGGCUAUUCUUCGAUCUAGGCACAGAAUCAACCGGUGUAGCAGAAGGCGGACCAGGCGACCCAACUCUAAAGGGCAACAAUCCCGAACUAAUCCCCUGUGAACCAGUCUUGACCACCUACGAUAACGUCGUCACUCCCUCAUUCUCAGAACUGAAUGCCAUGACACAGUCGGAGCCAGAUCUAAGAGACAUCUGCGGCGAGGUCUCCGAAUGGCUGGCCAUGGUAUCUAUACGCUCGCGACGUGUAUCCGCAACUGACAGUAUAGACCCGUAUCUCUGCCGAUAUGUUGCGCCUGAGAUAAGUGGUAAAGCGGCCAUAGCCACUGAUCUCAUUAGCCUGAAAUGGGGCGGGCUUAUACCCCCGCACUGGAUCACGCAGUUGUUUAUUACGCUUUUCCGGAAAAGUGCGCCUCGAUUUUGCAAGACGCCUGCUUGGUUUGCCCUUUCUGCAAACACCCUUGGAAGGGACGCGAUUGAGAGCAAAGAUGGGUAUACAAUCAUGGCAUUGCCAGCGAGCGGCGGGAAUACUGUUGAGAAAGACGAAGACGCAGAGGCGAAGAACACACGGCAUUUCAUCUGUUGGGAAUAUGUUGGUGCAUCGAUACUAUAGAAAAGAACAUUCAUCUUUUGAGUGUAAACUUUGAUGCGCCGCUAUCCAAUAAACCGUUAAUACCGCU